AUUAAUUCUUCCAUCAAAAUCCACCACAUGACCAAGCUCUUUUCAUCAAUCCAUCAACUCAAGUAUCAAAAUAAAUAUGGAUGCAAGUGACCCUCCCCUAGCACAAGUCUUGGCUGAGGCCAAUCUUCGUCCACAGCCAUUCCAGCGCGAGCAUCCCGACGAGCUCCACACCCCCAGCUGGCAUGCAGCAAGCAACCGCCCCAUUGUGGACGGGAAAUACAACGAUCCCGAGACCGGUGAAGUCCGUGAUGCCAGAGGAUUCGUGUUCUUCGGACCCCCCGCUGUCGAUAUCAUCAUCACCAAUAUUCACGAUGGGUCGUCCAACAACAUCUUUCGCGCUCAGCUUCCCUUUCGUAUGGAGAAGCUGCUGGCGUGGUUUUUGCGGGUAGUGGAGGAACGCAAGCUCCGGCUCGAUUCUCUUAAUGCCACUCCGUAUGCUAUUCGGGUGGUGCUUGCUCAUGAAUUGAAUGAGGGGCAAUUUCAUGGAAUUGCUCAUGAAAUGGCGAAUGGGAUUUGGGGGCAGCAGUAGUAAAGGGUGUUGUGGAGUGCUGAGACUGGGAUGGAUGGGGCCGAGAACGGUCAUUUGCUUUUUGCG